CCUUAGAUACAUGAUCUUCCUGGAGCUGUUCCUGCAGACGGCGGAGAAGCACUUCAUGGUGGGACACAGGGUCACCUACUAUGUCUUCACCGACCGGCCCGCCGAUGUGCCCAGGGUGCCCCUCGCUGAAGGGAGGCAGUUGGUGGUCCUGGAGGUCCGAAACUAUGCGCGCUGGCAGGAUGUGUCCAUGCACCGCAUGGAGAUGAUUAGCAACUUCUCGCGGCAGCGCUUCCUCCGCGAGGUGGACUACCUGGUGUGCGUGGACGUGGACAUGAAGUUCAGCGACCACGUGGGUGUGGAGAUCCUGUCCCCCCUCUUCGGCACCCUGCACCCCGGUUUCUACAGGGCGGCCCGCGAGGGCUUCACCUACGAGCGUCGUCCGCGGUCCCAGGCCUACAUUCUGAGAGAAGAGGGUGACUUUUACUACGCAGGAGGCUUUUUUGGGGGUUCGGUGGUCGAGGUUCUCCAGCUGACCACAGCCUGUCACCAGGCGAUGGUGGUCGACUGGGCCAAUGCGAUCGAGGCCGUGUGCCAUGAUGAGAGCCACCUGAACAGGUACCUUCUCUACCACAAGCCCACCAAGGUGCUCUCCCCGGAGUACCUGUGGGAUGAACGGAUGCUGCAGAGGCCUCCUUUCCUCAGGAAACUGCGCUACGUGGCGGUGCCCAAGAAUCAUACAGAAAUCCGGAACUGAAGAGCCCGGGGCCCAGGGAGGUCUCCAUACAAGGCUGUAGCCUUAGCAGGUCUUCCCCUGGGCAAGGGAUCAACCAAAGAUUUGAUGCUAUGGAUGAGUCCCUGGGCCUCGGUUUCCUCUUCUCGAGAGGCUCCCACCACUCAUCCUUGUAUUGAAACUGGGCUCAUCCUUCAUGGUGCCCACAAGGUCACCUUCCCCAGGAAAGUUUCUUUGGUUGUCUCUUCCUCCUCCUAUUGAAAUACACUGCUCUUCACUCUGCAUCCCUAUAAAGCACUUAGUGUAUUCCUUUGGCCAGAUCGGCUGCCAUUCUGCUCACCUUGCCCAUUGGUCUUGCUCAUUACAAUGUGAGCUCCUGAUGGCAGAAGCUAAGACUUCUUCUUACAGGUCAGUACCUACCACGGUGCCUUAUGCCCAGAGACUCUCAAAGCAUGACCCCUAAACACCUGCUGUACCCUGUCCCCAGACAAUGGGAGAGGCCCAGCCUGAAAGCACUUUCCUGGGUUUCGUUUGUGUGUAUGAUAGCUUGUUGCUCUGGGUGGUUUGUCUUUUUCUUAUGGACUUUGGGGAGUUUGUUUUGUGUUUUGGGUGUUAGUACUUUUCUCAGACACAUGCUAAAAAUUUCUUCUUCUAGUUUGUAUGUUGCUACUUCAACUCUUUUACCAUAGGUAAAUUUAAGAACUCAUCUCCUGCUUUGAAAUCCUGAAGAUAGUGCCUUAUGUUAGAAGAUAGUGUCCAAAAGCUUUAUGUUUUUGCCUCACACUUAGGUCUUUAAUCUACUGAUAAUGAUUUGUG